UCGCCUGGGAGUGCAUGCUGACGUCAGCGUCUCCAUAGCCACAUUGCUACAGGCAUGUAUGGGCGGCCGAGAAGGCUGACCCGAGCCUGUACCAGUAACGUGGCUCUGACCACGUGUCUCUGAGUCCCCACAGUGCCAAGACCAUCAUUGGGUGAGGAAAGUGAUUUUCUUUACCCCAGAAAACAUCUUAUCUUCUGAAGGAGGGGACAUGUCCAUGGAAUGUACCCUCCAGGCCUGAUGGUCUGUGCCCUCCCCAGGCCUGACCUUCCUUCCCAUUUCUCCUCCCCCCAGCAACAUGUCCAGCGCCUUGGCGAAUGCAGUGUGCCAGCGUUGCCAGGCCCGCUUUGCCCCUGCCGAGAGGAUCGUCAGCAGCAGUGGAGAGCUUUACCAUGAGCACUGCUUCGUGUGUGCCCAGUGCUUCCGGCCCUUCCCUGAGGGGCUCUUCUACGAGUUUGAAGGCCGGAAGUACUGCGAACAUGACUUUCAAAUGCUGUUUGCUCCAUGCUGCGGAUCCUGUGGCGAGUUCAUCAUUGGCCGCGUCAUCAAGGCCAUGAACAACAACUGGCACCCAGGGUGCUUCUGCUGUGAACUGUGUGAUGUGGAGCUGGCUGACCUGGGCUUCGUGAGGAAUGCUGGCAGACACCUGUGCCGGCCCUGCCACAACCGUGAGAAGGCCAAGGGCUUGGGCAAGUACAUCUGUCAGCGGUGCCACCUGGUCAUUGAGGAGCAGCCUCUCAUGUUUAGGAGUGACACGUACCACCCAGACCACUUCAGCUGCACCCACUGCAGGAAGGAGCUGACUGCUGAGGCCCGAGAGCUGAAGGGGGAACUCUACUGCCUGCCAUGCCAUGACAAGAUGGGUGUGCCCAUCUGUGGAGCCUGCCGCCGGCCCAUCGAGGGCCGUGUGGUCAAUGCCCUGGGCAAGCAGUGGCACGUGGAGCAUUUCGUCUGUGCCAAGUGUGAGAAGCCGUUCCUGGGGCACAGGCACUAUGAGAAGAAGGGCCUGGCCUACUGCGAGACCCACUACAGCCAGCUCUUUGGGGACGUCUGCUACAACUGCAGCCAUGUGAUCGAGGGCGACGUAGUGUCAGCCCUCAACAAGGCCUGGUGUGUGAACUGCUUCUCCUGCUCCACCUGCAACAGCAAGCUCACCCUGAAGAACAAGUUUGUGGAGUUCGACAUGAAGCCCGUGUGUAAGAGAUGCUACGAGAACUUCCCACUGGAGCUGAAGAAGCGGCUGAAGAAGCUGACGGAGCUGGCCACCCGCAAGGCCCACCCCAAGUCUGUGGGCCUCACUGCCACCUGAGAGGCCCCCUCCUGUCCUCCCUUCGCUCCUUCCUGCUGCCCGGCUGCUGCCACCUCCCUGCUCACCUCACCUCCCUUCAUCUGCCCCCUUCUCUCGGGUCAGCACUCCCUCCUUUUUCCUCUGCUCCCUUCUCUUGCCUUCUCCCCAGGGCUCUUCUUUCCCUUGCUAUGGGUUCCUCUCCCUCUUCUGCAGCAUGGGGCAGAAGUGGGGCCCUGGAGCCUGGUGAGCCUGUGACAGGCCUGUGCUCACCAGCUUUAGCCUGAAGUCUUCAAGGGACAGGAGGAAACUGGGGCCUGGAGUCACCUGGCUCUGGAGUGGGCACUGCUCCCAGCCCUGCCUGGCAGACCUGUUCUGUCCCCAGAGGGGGCCUGACAGCUCACAUUCUUCUGUGGGGGCUUGGCCAACCUUUGCUCAGAGUGGCCCCUCUGUGCACACAUGUGGCCCCACACAGCAGGCAGCCAGCUGCCUCAGCCCCAGGACCAGGGCCACACGAAAGGGGGCCUCUGGGGAACCACCCUUCCCUCCCUCAGCCACGCACUCACUCAACCAAGUAGGAUCCCUGUGCCCCAACCCCACCAAUCAGCAGGAGGGACUAGGGCCCCCCUUCCCCCACCCUCAGGAGGCUUCCUUCCUGAAAUCUGGCCUUGGCCACACCAUCCCAGGCCUGGGCCACUGUGGUUCCCCAAUGCUCCUCUCUGGUCACUGCAGUCUCUCUAGCUGCACCCCUGCCUCCAAGGCACACAUUAAGCUUUUGGGUGCAGCCAGGGCCAGAUGGUGGUGGGGCCAGGGGAAUGGCGGUUCCUACUCUCCAGGGAGGGUACUUCCUCCGUGGCCAGCACAGGACCUGAUGUGAUUCACACUUGCACAAUGAAUAAAGGCUUAUUUACACAACUA